AUGGACAUCGCCAUCCAGCACCCCUGGUUCAAACGUGCCCUGGGCCCCUUCUACCCUAGCCGGCUGUUUGACCAGUUCUUCGGCGAGGGGCUCUUCGAGUACGACCUGCUGCCCUUCCUGUCCUCCACCAUCAGCCCCUACUACCGUCAGUCCCUCUUCCGCACCGUGCUGGACUCCGGCAUCUCCGAGGUCCGAUCCGACCGGGACAAGUUUGUCAUCUUCCUGGACGUGAAGCACUUCUCCCCCGAGGACCUGACCGUGAAGGUGCAGGAGGACUUCGUGGAAAUCCACGGCAAGCACAACGAGCGGCAGGAUGACCACGGCUACAUCUCCCGCGAGUUCCACCGCCGCUACCGCCUGCCUUCCAACGUGGACCAGUCCGCGCUCUCCUGCUCCCUGUCUGCAGACGGCAUGCUGACCUUCUCCGGCCCCAAGGUCCCGUCCGGCAUGGACGCCGGCCACAGCGAGCGCGCCAUCCCCGUGUCGCGCGAGGAGAAGCCCAGCUCCGCGCCCUCGUCCUAA